AGUGACGGAUUGCUUUUGGGGGUGUGAAUGGGGUUUUUCAAGAAAUUGGCAAGUGUGUUUGGAUUUGGCCAGGAAGUGUUGAAAAAUGAGGAAGAUGAUUCCGGUGACGGAGAUAAUCAGCAGAGAUUUCGUGAAACUGGAUUACCAAGGAAAGGAUUUGGAGUUCCGGUUCAAGUUGCUGUCGAAAGGUCCCAACUUGGUCCUCUUCUCCAGCCUUGCGCCAAUGGAGACGGUGGUAUUCAGGGACUAAGAUGGUAUACGAAAGGGCUAAGGGUUGAUGAAGAUGGAGAUGUUGGAGAUGAGUUUUUGGAAGAGGGAGAGAAACCGACUAACGUAGAAGAUGAUCAUAAUUGUAUUAAGACUAUGCCAAGACUCCAAAUUAAACGCAAAACGAAACCUGCGAAAGUAAGAGGAUUAGUUGUGUCUUCUGAUGGGAAACUCCAGCAAUGCAUUGAACAUCAAGGAAGAGCUAUACGCUUAGCUCCGAUUUCGUUUCUUUCUCUGAUUCUUCUCUUGGCGUGUUUUGUGUUUGACUGGUUCGAUAUGGGAGUCCCGAUUCGUAAAUCUACUCGUCGUCUGGGUAGAUCUGCAGGUGCUGGUAGCUCAGAUGUCUUCAUCAGUUCAGAUCAAUGAAGCUUCUACUUCUGGAUCCUAUCAGGGGAUUGACGAUUGGAAG